GGAGCAGCGCCGCCCUGUGUGCGUGCAGUGUGUGUGGAGGCGCGGUGUGUACUCGGACACGGGCUCACUUUUUGAUUAAACUGGACUAACGUAGCUGCUGAACGCGCGGGAACUGGAACUAAAUAUCGAUCUCCUCAUAUUAGUAUUGAUACAAUAGGAACCGCAGCUUCGGUAUCGAUAAAUUUGAUAUUUUCGAUGUCAGGCUGUGUGGCUCUGCGCUCGGCCAGGUCUGCGGCCGGACGGCUGUUCCUGAGGUCCACCGCGGCCAGUCUGGACCUCAGGAGGGGAGCAGGAGACCAUCCUGCUGCUUCUGCCCCACUACAGGGCAGUACUGGAGACAUCAAGACCCAGGCUGACCUUCCUGCGAUCCCUCUGUACACUAUGCUCUACAGGCUCAUAUUCAAACGGUAUUACAACCGUAUGCAUGAGCUGCAGCUGUAUGAAAAGAAGCGUUAUGGACGCAUGUUUAGAGUGGCCAUUGGGAAGAACCACCCCAUUGCUCUAAACAGUGUGGAACUGGUGGAGGAGCUGUUAAGGAAAGAAGAGAAGUUCCCAUGCAGAGGAGACAUGGCUGGAUGGACUGAAUACAGAGAUAUGAGAGGCUUAGGCUAUGGGCCUUUCACUGAGGAAGGAGAGAAGUGGUACAAACUCAGAGCUGUGCUAAAUAAACGCAUGUUACAUCCCAAAGAUGCAGCGAAGUAUGAGGAUGUAGUUAAUGGUGUGGUCACUGAUUUUGUCGAAAGGAUAAACUAUCUGCGCAAGAUGAGCACCACUGGAGACCUGGUGCCCGACAUAUCCAAUGAAUUGUACCGUUUUGCUCUAGAAGGGAUUUCUCGAAUACUGUUUGAGACCCGCAUUGGCUGUCUGGAGAAUAAGAUCCCACCUGAAACUCAGGAAUUCAUUAACUCCAUUUCCAAGAUGUUAACUUAUGGUUCAUUCGCGGGCGUUCUUCCCAAGUGGACACGCAAUUUCUUGCCAUUGUGGGGGCGCUACAUAGAUGGCUGGGAUGGCAUUUUCAAAUUUGCCUGCAAACUUAUUGACAAUAAGAUAGAGGACAUUCAGAGGCGUUUGGACGCAAACCAAGAAGUUGAAGGAGAGUAUCUCACAUACCUGCUCUCAAACAACAACAUGAGUAAGAAGGACGUGUACGGGAGUGUUGCUGAGCUGUUAUUGGCAGGAGUGGAUACAACUUCCAACACCGUAAUGUGGGCCUUGAAUAAACUGUCACACGAUCCAAAAGCUCAGGACAUGUUGUAUCAGGAAGUGGCCAGCACAGUCAAAGGGGACAGAAUUCCAACAGCCCAGGACAUAAACAAUAUGCCUUACCUUAAGGCUGUCAUCAAAGAGACUCUCAGGAUGUAUCCCGUUGUCCCCGUAAAUGGACGUCUUCUAACCAGCAGUGAUGCAAUAAUCGGAGGAUACUUCUUCCCUAAAAACACAAUAUUUGUGCUCUAUCACUACGCGAUCAGUCAAGAUGAGACGGUCUUCCCCGAACCACAGGCCUUCAAGCCUGAACGCUGGUUACGGGAUGGAAGGGUGAGACCCCACCCAUUUGGAUCCAUUCCAUUCGGGUUUGGAGUGAGAGGGUGUGUUGGCCGACGUAUCGCUGAACUGGAGAUGCACCUCUCUCUGGCAAGGCUAAUCAAGCUGUUUGAAGUGAAGCCUGACCCCACAGUAGGAGAGGUCAAAGCAAUCAACCGCACUCUGCUUGCACCAGACAGACGAGUCAACUUUCACUUCCUGGAUCGGAACAAUUCAGCCACUUAAAACCUUCAAGGCAAUUGAGAUAUAAUUUCAAAAUCAGGGGUGCCCAAUCCAGGUUCUGCAUAUCUACAACCCCUGACAGUUCCCCACAGAACCUGUACCUUCUGCAGUGUUGAUCACUAGGACCAGCACUGCUAACAGCAUGUCUGCUGUGAAGUAUGUGCCUGCAAUUAAUUAAAUACACUCAUUGACAAAAAAUACAAUACGAAGUUUGUUGCAAAACUCAGUAGUUAUGUGACUGUUAUGUACAGUACAUGAUUUAGGUAAGGUUUGAUUAGACACUGAUAUUGCCACAAGAGGGUGUAAAAGUGCUUCUCUAACUGUCCAAUAAAAAGGGAGAAGCAGGAUGGUCGUUUGGAUGAAUUGCCUUUCACCUAGGCUGUCGACCAGCCAGCCAACUUGUUCACCAACUAGAGUGCGAACAAUUCCUCAAUGGUACUAUAAAAAAAUCUGAGUUGUUUGAUUUUGAAAGUUUUCCUGUGAUUCAACAACAGAAACAGAUUAGGCCCAUAUUGUGGUCUAAACCAAUCAGAGAUGAUUAAAAUGAAUGUUUUUUCUACUAAAAUGUCAUCUAAGCUAUUUCCCUUUGAACAUUUUAUUAGCCAUCAAGCUAACCGAGCUAUCAUUAAUUCCACAUUUCAAUUAUAUGUAAUAAAGAGAGUGCAUAAUUAGUACUAUGUAUUGUUUAGUUAAUAUAAAUCAGGCAUUCUGGUAUAUAAAUUCAAAAUACAGGCUCUUCAAUGUAGAAAUAUAUUUCUAUUAUUUUCACAGCGCAACAGUCUUUUCCACUUUUUCCACAGUUUUCCACUUGUUAAAUUGAUCCUUUCACUUACUUUACUAUACAUACACUUACAUAUGUAUAUCACCAUUACAUUCACAGACAGAACUCAUUUUGGUGCAUUAUUCUUUUUUUGUAUGUAUGCUCAUUCCACAAGACUGUAUGAUUUUUAUUAAAAAUGAAACCCAGAUACUGUAUAAUAUAAUUACACUAAAUUGUAUGAUUAUUCCACUGUAUUUUUACGUAUUAAACAGUAUUUGGAAAGUAUGUUUAACAGAAAUGAAAAGUACUGUAAUUUGUUUGUUUGUCUCUGUGUGCCUCUAAAUAAAAUGUAUUUUGUUCACUAUAAUUCUGUAUGCACAGAACAAAAUUGACUAUCAAUAAAAUAUUUUUAACAAAUACAAACCA